AUGAAGGUCCUCACGCUCGGUACCUUCGGUCUUGCGACCAUCACACAUGCCUAUCCCGGUGCUGUUGCGGAAGUCCUCCCACGCGACGGCAAGAACUUCACCCAAGACCGCGUGGUCCACGGCCUGAAUGCCGGUCUCAACUUCGACCCAGCCCUAGGGGCAACAAUGUUCGGACAAGCCCUAGUAGCCAACCCAGCACCAAACGCAACCUUCUUCACCUUGGAUCAACUCAACGUGCACAACGUUCUCGAGCACGAUGCAAGCCUGAGCAGGUCGGAUGCAUACUUGGGCAACAACCAUGUAUUCAACUACAGUGUCUUUGCAGAGAGCACGAAGUACUGGACUGGUCCCAUCAUGGACCGGGACAUGAUGGCCAAUAGUAAGAUCGCCCGCCAACUGCAGAGCAAGGCGUCGAACCCGGGGUAUCGCUUUACCAACAGCACCGAGAAUUUCAGCAUCGGCGAGAUUCUGGCUCCGUUUGUGGCGUUUGGCGACAGGCAGGCGGUCACGGUGGAGAACAGGCUGGUGGACUACUUUUUCCAGAACGAACGACUCCCGACGAAGCUUGGCUGGAAGAGGACCAACGAGACUGUGACACUGCAGGGUGACAUUCUCAGACUAUCCGAGAUUUUCAGCAAGGCUGCCAGUCUGAUCACGGAGGAGGACUCGGGCAAAGGGUCGACGCAUGGUGAACCGACUAAGAGGAGGCGAGACUUGCAUGCUGGUAUCUUCUACGUCAUCGAUUCUGAGUAG